AUGGCUGUAUCAAUUUAUUAUUUGAUUUUGCUCAUCCUUGAUGUGGUUCCUCUGCUGACUUUAACUGCUGAAAAUGGUAAAGACAGCGAGCACGUUUUCCAAGUUGAUGAUGAAUUCGCCGUGGCUCGGGUGACAGGUCUGCAGUACCGAACUAAGAAGUUACUGAAGUACCCAGAACGCUUAUGGCGAAGAGCAGCAGUCAUUUACAAAAUAGAACCCGGAAUUGGAUGCCCCAACUCUAAUAGAUGCAAGUGCAUAAUGAGAGCUAUGUUCGAAUACACCGAAAAAACUUGUGUUCGUUUCAAAGAGAGGAGUGGAGAACGAGAUUACGUGCGUAUUUUUGAGGAUCCUUACACUUCCCGAGGAGCGGAGGCCACCUUGGGGAGAGGUGAAGGUGAGACAUAUAUCCGCUUUCAUCCCGCAGUUUGGUCCAGGGCCUUGGUUCUACACGAACUAGGACAUACCCUCAGCUUGAUAGACGAACACAGACGCCCCGAUAGAGACGAGUAUUUGGAAGUUCUCACGAAAAACGUUAAGCCGGAACACUUGAAAUCGUUUGAUAAACACGAAUACCAUGAAGUAAAUCUGCUGGGAGAACCCCUAGAUCGGAAAUCAGUAAUGAUGUAUAACUACCAUACUUUCUCAAAGUCAAAGAUCGCACCCCUCAAAGCGACACUUAAAUCGAAAUUCGGUGAACGGCUGCCAAUUAUGGACGUCCAACAUUUGAGUAAGGGUGAUGUGCGAAGGAUCCGGGAUCUAUACCGAUGUGACGGGGCAAAUCAAAAGCCGAAGUGGCCUGAAGAUGUCUAUUGUAGUUUCGACGAAGAAGAUUGCGGAUUCUCGUGGCACCCGAGCAGAAGCUGGAAGUGGAUAAAAAAGGAAGAAGACGGUACGGGUGGUUACCUGAAAAGCUCAUCGGCAGAUGCAAACCGCAGCCAAGGCAAGAACCGCAACCGCCCAUCCAAGGGUAAAUUUUGGGCUGGGAGCGUCAAUUUUCAUGGUUUGAGCCCGAUAGACAAAAUUCGAGGACCAGAGGGAUGCAUCAGUUUUAAGUACUUGUUUGAAAAUUCUAGCCCGGAAGAGAUAUCCGUGCAGCUAAUGAAAACGGAUCUGCGAUCUCCCUUCGAUUUCAAUCCUAAAUCGGAAAAUUCUGCUGUGAUAUGGUUUAGUGAUGGUGGAUACAAUCAGAAAUCAGGGUCUAGAACGUGGUCUUGGGCUUCCAUCAGCACGAACGUUAUUCAACCAUUUAUGCUCAAGUUCGAGUCAACAUUCAACGACGGCGCGGACAACGGCUUGGUGAAGGUGGAUGAACUAGCAGUUCGGUACACACGAUGCGAGAACCCAACAAACGUUGAUCAACGGUUGAUGAGACAAAGGAGUCAAGUCAAACGGGACAAGUCGAGCAGAUCCUUAAAGAAGACCUUUAGUUGGCUCGGAUCCCUGAGGGAUUUUUUGAAGUCCCCCUCGAUGGAGAGCUCAGCGAGAUCGCGAUCUAGAUCCUUCUCACGAAUGUCGUCGCAAGCGUCAUCCUAUGACGGACAAGAAAACCCCUGAGUCUAUGCAAUUUGUACUGAAAAAUAAAAU